AUCUACAGAGAAAGCUAUAUCGAGAUAGAGGCAUAUAGUGAAUGAGCGUGUUUCCAUAAGACUAUCAAGGGAGCAGAUCAGAAGCAGCCCGGAUCCUGACCCUGACUGUAUGAAUAAGUAAGCAGGAUGCUGACGACUAUGUGUUAGUUGCCUGUAAGGUUAUCGUAAGUUAAAGGGGGACGGACACGGCGACGGGGGGGACAUGAUAGACCAAAGGCAGAGCUUAAUGUAAGUGUUUGUGCUGAGGGGGGAAGAUCUGACACUUUGCUCCCGCCAGCGUAGCUACUGUCUCCCAUCACUAGUGCUCCGGGGUUUGCUCUAGUGCUUUCCACCCCCCUCCCCUUUCUUCCCUUUCUUUCCUUCUUUCUUUUUUUCUCUUCCCCCUCUCCCCGUGGUAGUUUGCUCAUGUGCAGCCCGGACCCAUCUUCUGGCAGCAGCAGCUGGACCGGGGUCGACAGCGCGGCGGGCGGCAGGCGCGCAGCGGGGCUUGGGCCCGAGGGCGCAGAGCGGGACGUGGGCAGCGGCCACCGCUGCCGUCGCCUCCUCCUCCGCGGGAAGUUUGGCUGGGGUUUGACAGAAGCGAGGGGACGCCCUGACAGACAGGAUCUCACAGCCUGAGUCCACCCCCUGCGCCCACCCACACACCCGGCGACUCUCUCCCCGGCGAGGUGGCGGGCUAGGGGCCAGGAGGGCCAGCAGCGCUUAUGGUCCUCGCUCUGUGUUGCACCCGUCUGACUGGGGCUACAUAGGGCUCACCACCUCUCGGAAGAGCCUCCGGGUGGAAAAGGCAAAAAUUCCCAACCUCCUCCAAAACCUGUGGUUGCUCCAUCCCUUACCCAUCUUUCCCAAGCCGGCCUGGAUAGCUGAACCGGACGCCUAAUUCAGCUGUACCCUGCCCACCACCUCCAGCCCGAGGGAGGAUGAAAAUGCUUUGCUGGAGGAUGGCACUGUGGCUGGCCGGCUGGACUGUCUGUGGGAAGCCUUCCUCCUGCUCUGGCCUUGAUUAUGACUACACUUACGAUUUCACUGAAGAGGAUAAAGCCGAGGCGAUAGAUUAUAAGGAUCCUUGCAAAGCCGCUGUCUUUUGGGGAGAUAUUGCCUUAGAUGAUGAAGACUUAAAAAUCUUUCAAAUUGACAGGACGAUUGACCUUACGCAGCACUCCAACGAAAGACUUGGCCAUAACACAGGUGGAUUUGGAGAGCAUGGAAUGUCAAAAAAACGAGGUGCCCUCUAUCAGCUUAUAGACAGGAUAAGAAGAUUUGGCUCUGGCUUUGAGCAAAAUAGUACAUCUAAAGGAAGAAGUACUGUAACAUUCUCAGGGAGAAACGAGAAAAACCGAUUUCCCAGAGCUGCCACAUCACGGACAGAAAGGAUAUGGCCAGGGGGUGUCAUUCCAUAUGUAAUAGGUGGAAAUUUCACUGGUACUCAGCGUGCCAUGUUCAAGCAGGCUAUGAGGCACUGGGAAAAGUACACCUGUGUCACCUUCAUUGAACGAAGCGAUGAAGAAAGUUAUAUUGUGUUUACAUACAGACCAUGUGGGUGCUGUUCUUACGUGGGUCGAAGGGGAAACGGUCCUCAAGCUAUAUCUAUUGGCAAAAACUGUGAUAAAUUUGGUAUAGUUGUCCAUGAGUUGGGUCAUGUGAUAGGUUUUUGGCAUGAACAUACACGACCAGACCGUGAUGACCAUGUCACCAUCAUUAGAGAAAACAUCCAGCCUGGUCAGGAAUACAACUUCUUGAAGAUGGAGCCUGGAGAAGUGAACUCCCUUGGGGAACCAUAUGACUUUGACAGCAUUAUGCACUAUGCCAGGAACACCUUCUCAAGGGGCAUGUUUCUGGAUACCAUUCUCCCUUCCCGUGAUGAUAAUGGUAUACGACCUGCCAUUGGCCAGCGUACUCGUCUAAGUAAAGGAGAUAUUGCACAGGCAAGGAAGCUGUAUAGAUGUCCAGCCUGUGGAGAAACACUGCAGGAAUCUGCAGGCAACUUUUCUUCUCCAGGAUUUCCAAAUGGUUAUCCUUCCUACACGCACUGCAUAUGGAGAAUCUCUGUGACUCCAGGGGAGAAGAUUGUUUUAAACUUCACCACCAUGGACCUUUACAAGAGUAGUCUCUGUUGGUAUGACUAUAUUGAAGUAAGAGAUGGCUACUGGAGAAAAUCACCCCUGCUUGGUAGGUUUUGUGGUGAUAAACUGCCAGAAGUCCUCGCAUCCUCUGACAGCAGGAUGUGGAUUGAGUUCCGCAGCAGCAGCAACUGGGUUGGGAAAGGUUUUGCAGCAGUUUAUGAAGCCAUCUGUGGAGGUGAAAUCCACAAAAAUGAAGGCCAGAUCCAGUCUCCCAAUUAUCCUGAUGACUACAGACCAAUGAAGGAAUGCGUGUGGAAAAUAACAGUGUCAGAAAACUACAAUGUAGGAUUAACCUUUCAAGCAUUCGAGAUUGAGAGACAUGAUAACUGUGCAUAUGACUACUUGGAAAUUCGAGAUGGUAUGAAUGAGAACAGUCCUUUAAUUGGUCACUUUUGUGGCUACGACAAGCCAGAAGACAUCAGAUCUACCUCUAAUACCCUGUGGAUGAAGUUUGUUUCUGAUGGAACCGUUAACAAAGCAGGGUUUGCAGCUAAUUUUUUUAAAGAGGAAGAUGAAUGUGCCAAACCUGACAAUGGCGGCUGUGAGCAGCGCUGUGUAAAUACUCUGGGAAGUUACCAGUGCGCCUGUGAUCCUGGCUAUGAACUUGGUCCUGACAAAAAGAGUUGUGAAGCUGCUUGUGGAGGACUCCUAACAAAGCUAAAUGGGACCAUAACAACACCAGGGUGGCCCAAAGAGUAUCCUCCAAACAAAAACUGUGUGUGGCAGGUGGUUGCCCCGACGCAAUACCGAAUUUCAAUGAAGUUUGAGUUUUUUGAGCUAGAAGGGAAUGAAGUGUGCAAGUAUGACUAUGUGGAGAUACGUAGUGGCCUUUCUUCUGAUUCUAAACUACAUGGUAAAUUCUGCGGAACAGAAGUGCCUGAAGUUAUCACCUCUCAGUACAACAACAUGCGAAUUGAGUUCAGAUCUGACAACACUGUGUCAAAAAAAGGAUUCAAGGCACAAUUCUUUUCAGAUAAGGAUGAGUGUUCAAAGGACAAUGGUGGCUGCCAGCAUGAGUGCAUCAACACAGUAGGAAGCUAUGUUUGUCAGUGUCGAAAUGGAUUUGUGCUACAUGAAAACAAGCAUGACUGCAAGGAGGCUGAGUGUGAACAGAAGAUCCACAGUCCCAAUGGCAUCAUUACAAGUCCCAACUGGCCUGACAAGUAUCCCAGCAGAAAGGAGUGCACAUGGGAAAUCAGUGCCACCCCUGGGCAAAGGGUCAAAUUGAUCUUCAACGAAUUUGAGAUAGAACAACAUCAAGAAUGUGCUUAUGACCACUUGGAAGUGUUUGAUGGUGAAAGUGAGAAGUCACCAAUUCUGGGACGCUUAUGUGGCAGUAAGAUACCAGAACCUCUUAUUGCUACAGGAAACAAAAUGUUUCUACGCUUUAUGUCUGAUGCAUCAGUUCAAAGGAAAGGCUUCCAAGCAACACACUCUACAGAAAUCACUGAAACUGAAAAUACUGUUUUGCAAUUGCACGGGCGAGUUGCUUGGGACGUUUUCAGCGUGCGCGGUUUUCCCCCGGUGUUGCUUGGCUUACAGUGACCCCUAGCGCCGAACCUCUGAACUUCAGUGCCUGCUGUAAAACGAAGAGAUUUUUUGGGUUGUCUUCUUCAAUUGUAAUGCCUCCGUUUGUUUUCCAGAAUUCAUUCUCAUUCAUCCGUUGUUUCUUAAUAAAUAUUAAUGCAGAAAACAUGAAUGUAUGUUCUAGUAGAUAGUAGUUACUAGUUAUUAAGAUAGCAAUAAUGAUCAUUAACCACUGUUAAUAUGAUUCAGCGUGUUUGUCAAGUUAAUGUGAAGCUGAAAACUCCUCAUAUAUCAUUUUUUCCCUUCUAUUUUGUUGAGAAUAAUUCUAAAGCUAUGUUAAUUUGAUUUUCUUUUCAGAUAAAGACAGUAGGCAACAAUAUAUGGAUUAUUUAGCCCUUACAAUUGCAAAAUGCUCUACAAACUGAAAAGUUUAGCUACCUGUCAUUCUGUUUGUUGUUCUUGUGGAAAAUUCUUUUAUAAGCAUGCUUCCCCCACCCCUUCCCUACCACCGUAACCCCUAUCCUUAGAUGGAAAAUUAGAAACGGUUGUAACUGCUCAUUUUUAAAUUACCUUGGGAUUAAUAGCUUAAGGUCAUAAGUCUUGUUAGAAACAUACAUUGUAAAACUACUCUUUAUUCUUUGCACUUUCAGUUUGCAGCACUGGUGCAGUUACUGUGUGAAAGAAGUUCACAUGUGUACUCCCUAAUUUCUGAAGAUUGCUAGUUAUCUUAUGACUUGCUGGAAUUUCCCUCAUAUCUGUUGAGUUUUAUGUGCCUUCCUGUAAAAACUUUCUUGGCAUGCAAAACCAUGCAUUCAUGAGACAGUCUGAAGAAUAAAAUCUGCCUAGUU